CUUUCAUCAAGAGGUCCUCGUAAACAUCACUACAGUUAAUAAAGUGUAUUGUGGCCACUGCGACCACGAGGCUACUGCGGCAUGUUUAUCCACGGUGACCUGACAAUAACACUUCCACACCCAGCUACAACUAGGCUAAAACAUUUCCGGAGCUACUUCAGGAAAAAGAAAUAAAACAUUUAUGCUCAUGUGUUUCGAUUAUGGGUUUGUGGGAGGGGAACUCGUGUCUUGCAAACACGCAAGUCAAAUUAUGCUGGGCGCAAGGAGGAUAGAGCAGCUAUGUAUUGUUGAACUAGUUGCUGAUGCCCCGCCUCUGAUGGUAGCCUUAAACCUGGCACCCAGCUAAAACAAACGAAAGCCAGCACCGAGCUCCCACUCAAUCCAAUUAAGGCGGACUUCAGGCGCUCUCGUACGUGUUCAUCUAGCAGGAUCGACGUUGAGACAACAGGAACAGAGGGGCUUUGGCCAAAAAAAAACAGAAGGAGAGAUUGCCUUGCCUUCUAAUUUCUCCCUCUCCAGCCCCAGAACAAUGUCGAUGAGCCCUAAGCAUACGACUCCUUUUUCUGUUUCCGAUAUCUUGAGUCCUCUUGAGGAGAGCUACAAGAAAGUAAGUAUGGAGAAUAACAACUUGGGGGCACCUCUCUCAUCGUACCGUCAGCCGCAGGUAUCUCAGGCGAUGCAGCAGCACCACAUGGGCCACAAUGGGACAGUGUCCGCGGCUUACCACAUGACUGCUGCCGGGGUAUCUCAACUAUCACACACGGCUAUGGGGGGCUACUGUAACGGCAACCUGGGAAACAUGAGCGACCUUCCGGCUUACCAAGACAGCAUGCGGGGUAGCGCCACAGCCACGGGCUGGUACGGAGCCAAUCCGGAUCCACGCUUCUCAACCAUCUCACGCUUUAUGGGCUCUUCAUCUGGAAUGAAUAUGGGGAGCAUGGGGAGUCUGGGGUCCCUGGCGGACGUGGGCAAGGGCAUGGGCCCUCUGUCAAGCACCCCGAGGAGAAAGAGGCGAGUGCUGUUCUCCCAAGCUCAGGUGUACGAGCUCGAACGACGGUUCAAACAACAGAAGUACCUUUCGGCCCCGGAGAGAGAGCACCUGGCGAGCAUGAUCCAUCUGACGCCAACCCAGGUGAAGAUCUGGUUCCAGAACCACCGGUACAAGAUGAAGAGGCAGGCUAAGGACAAGGUGUCGCAGCAGCAGAUGCAGCAGGAGAGCGGCUCCUGUCAGCAGCAGCAGCAGUCCCCUCGACGGGUGGCUGUGCCGGUUCUGGUGAAGGACGGCAAGCCAUGCCAAGGUAGUGCUCAUACUCCGACCACUGCAGUGCAAACUCACCACCAGCAAGGGGGUAAUGCAAUGAUCAUGUCCAAUAACAGUUCGGCCCUUGGGCAGCACCAGAGCCAGCAGGUGGGCAGUGCAGGUCACUCUCCAGAUUUAGUUCAGCACUCGGCCAGCCCGCCGUCUCUACAGACCCAGGUGGCCGGCCUCUCUCACCUCAACUCCUCCAAUGCCGAGUAUGGAGCGGCAUUGCAGUGCUCUGCAUUAUUGUACGGCAGGACAUGGUGACAGCAAAACAGACAUAAAUAACAAAACACACCACUGCAACAAACAAAAAACAUUUGCAGCUUAUGAGAAAUUUUACUUAAUGUGCGUGUGAACAAACACCAUGCAAAUUGGUUUCCAUUCUCCUGAAAAUGUUUAUUUCAUUUUGACGGCUGGAUUUCCUACCAGCAUCUGGAAGGCUUGUGGACACGAUUUAGUAAUCCCAAAUACUAUGAGGAUAUGGGAGUUCAAUCCUUACACCUGGAAUUAUUUAUGUAAAUUAUACCGAGAUCUUUAGCCACUUCAGAAACUCAUACACCUUUUUGUGGCUCAGUUGGGUUUAA